UUCAACAAGUCCAGCAAACGGAGCAGCAGCUGAACACCAGUGACAAAACUAUCAAGUUUUUUGUGGCAACAUCCCAAUCUUAAAAAACCCUCAUCAGCAUGUCGUUCGCUCAGUUCUUUGUCGCCUGCUGCCUGGCCAUCGUCAUCUUGGCCGUGUCCAACACACGGGCUGCUGUCCAGGGUCCUCCACUUUGCCAGAACGGCAUUGUCGAGGAAAUGCCGCCACACAUCCGAAAGGUGUGCCAAGCCCUGGAGAACUCUGAUCAAUUGUCGACGGCCCUCAAGUCCUACAUCAACAACGAAGCAUCUGCUUUGGUUGCUAACUCCGAUGACCUCCUGAAGAACUACAACAAACGUACGGAUGUUGAUCACGUCUUCCUGCGUUUUGGCAAACGUCGUUAAGGACAUGGACUCAGAAGAUACCAUUACAAGACCCCCUUGAUCCCGACCUGAGACAACGACACUGGACCUUGACCACAAGCGGCGGAAUCGUUUUUGUUCACACAAAGCACAGCACUAUUUUGAUGUCUUCAACAUAUUUAUGCAAAUGUAAUCAAUGGAAACUCAGAACUUUACUCAAUUGGAAGCUCUCUAGUUCAUUAAAUAGCCAAUCGAUGUGUCCAAUGUUUCUAUAAAAAAAAAUCGAAUACAUAUUUGUACAUACUCAAAGACCCCCGAAACGUUAUACAGGUUUUUCCCUUGGUUCUAGUUUCAUUUUCAUUCCUUCCUUUUAAUGAUAUAACAACUAAUAAUACGUAUUUGAUACAGCUAAAAUAUCUAACACAUAUUUCCCUAGCAUGAAGCACUAUUUAUAAAAUAACCAACAAAUGUUUCUAAAUCCAAACCAUAAUUUCUGAUAUUUAUUUUAAUAAAGGCAAACUUUUCCUCUCAAUAAUGUGAAUGCAUGACAAAAUGCAA